CAACAUUGAUGAUUGAUCAUUGGCCAAUGUAAGAGCAGCUGAGACCGCAACAUGUUAAUCUAUGUAUCUUGCAAACGUCAAAAGUCAAAAAUCCAAUGACAUUAUUGUGUUAAAUGGUAGUGUGAAUGUGAACGACUGUUUUUACAUCAAAUCCAAACACUGAGCGAAUCAUAUGGAUACUUUUUAUAUGGGAUAUAGUAAAGCAGCAUAAAUAUCUAUCUAUAUGAAAAUUAGUUGAACGUUUUUAGUAUAAGUGAUUAUAUUAUAGGCAAUUUACAAUGUCUACUAGUCAUGAUGCUGAAUUAGAUGCGAAAGUAAAAAAAGCUACGGAGCGCAUCUCGGAAAACAUGCACAUCGUAGCCAAUGAGCCUUCCUUGGCAUUCUACAGGCUGCAGGAGCAUGUACGCAAGGCUCUACCACCGAUGGUGGAUAAGCGAGUUGACGUCACCAAGGUGCACCAGCAACUACAGGGUCGCUGCUAUGAUGCUGAGUAUGCUGUCAGUGCUAUUAAAUCAAUGGAAAAUGCAGAUACAACGUUUCUGAAUAUUCAAGAACUGUUGAAAACUGCAAUAUUUUUAAAACAACAAAUCAAGUAUGAGGAGUCAAGAAGGGGUAAGAAGGAGAGCUCGUCUGUCUACAAGAGACUCUCCGCCCACAUCACGCUAGAUCUGCCUGACCUGCCAGAAUUGUCCGAUGCAUUGCGUGAAACUGCCAGCCGAGUAGAAUCCAUGAUGCGUCACACUACAGACAACGCCCAACACUAAUAUUUUGCAUCCACCUCUCUCAUGUCACUGCUUUGUUAAGUGUACUUGUUUAUUUUGUAAUAGAAAUUAUAUUUUAAAUGUGUGCUGCUCAAAUUUUGUAAAUGAUUAUAUCUUCUGAAAAAUUAAAAUUACUGUCUGUUUAUCA